GGAAGGAAAACAUUUGCAAAGUUGUUUACCGGUGCCAGGUCAGAGCACAGGGCCGAUCUGCUUUUCACUUGUUCUCUUGAGCGCUUUUGGCUUUGGCAGAGGGGCCGGAGCCGGGACCAGCAGCAUGGGGGCGGGAGCGAGUGCAGAAGAGAAGCGCUCCAGGGAGUUGGAGAAAAAGCUGAAGGAGGACGCCGACAAGGACGCCAGGACCGUCAAGCUGCUUCUGCUCGGGGCUGGCGAAUCAGGAAAAAGCACAAUUGUCAAACAGAUGAAAAUUAUCCAUCAAGAUGGCUACUCUCUUGAAGAGUGCCUGGAGUUCAUCUCUAUCAUCUACAGCAACACCCUUCAGUCUAUCAUGGCAAUCGUGAAAGCUAUGACCACAUUCGGAAUCAACUACGGCCACCCAGAUCAGCAGGAUGACGCCAGGAAACUGAUGCACCUGGCCGAUACGAUCGAGGAGGGCACCAUGCCCAAGGAGCUGUCCGACAUUAUCCUCCGCCUGUGGAAGGACUCAGGCAUCCAGGCAAGCUUUGACCGGGCCUCCGAGUACCAACUCAACGACUCGGCCGGAUACUACCUGAAUGACUUGGAGCGUCUGGUUCAACCAGGUUAUGUCCCCACUGAGCAGGAUGUGCUACGAUCUAGGGUGAAAACAACCGGCAUUAUCGAGACCCAGUUCUCCUUCAAAGAUCUGAAUUUCAGGAUGUUUGACGUGGGUGGUCAGAGGUCGGAGAGAAAGAAAUGGAUCCACUGCUUCGAAGGGGUCACCUGCAUCAUUUUUAUCGCUGCUUUGAGUGCCUACGACAUGGUGCUGGUGGAGGAUGAUGAAGUGAACCGAAUGCAUGAGAGCCUGCACCUGUUCAACAGCAUUUGCAACCAUCGCUACUUUGCCACCACCUCCAUCGUCCUCUUCUUGAACAAGAAGGACGUGUUUGUGGAGAAGAUCAAAAAGGCUCACCUCAGCAUGUGCUUCCCCGACUAUGAUGGUCCAAAUACAUACGAGGAUGCUGGCAACUACAUCAAAGUGCAGUUCCUGGACCUGAACAUACGCCGAGACAUUAAAGAGAUUUACUCGCACAUGACCUGCGCUACCGAUACAGAGAACGUUAAGUUUGUGUUUGACGCUGUCACCGAUAUCAUCAUCAAGGAAAACCUGAAAGACUGCGGUCUCUUCUGAAGGAGCUUCGCACGAUUGUGUAAGAACCUACUGAGGACAACAAACCAACCUCUCAAAACACGAGCAAGAAGUCGUAGCUUUGACUUCUGUGGACUAAACGGAAACUACAAACCAUCAGAAUUCCCCCGUUGCUUUCUUUUUUAGUGGAGCUAACGAGCCGUCUGCAACGUGUAGCAGACAUCCAAACGAGUUUCUCUCUCAGAUGCACAUUCACACUCCAACCUCUAUUAGACUAGCAAUGGCUUUGUAUGAUUAUUUAUUAUUAUUUAUUUUUUUAGACACAAUCACUUUAAAUUUAAAAAUGAAAGUCUGUGACACAGACCUAAGGGUUAGUGUUCCAAGUUAGGAUUUUAAGCCUGGGUUAGGCCUGAGUGUUAAACAGUCCCAUGCCCAAAUCCACUAUUAAAGCUUCUGUAGAGAACAAA